ACAACCAUGCCCGCAGUGCUUUGUGCAUGAAAAAUGAGAUUUAUCGAUACUUGUCCCGUCCAAAUUCCCGAUUUUUUUAGAAUAUUUUUUGUAGGGAUCAUCUGCUUCGUCUAUGUGCUAGAGUGAAAUUAGGACGGUAUAUACUUGAGAACGGCAUUCUUUGUUCCUGGCCCUGCGAGAUUUGGUUACCGCGUGUUUGAGGAGGACCAGAGUGUUCGUUUAGCUGGUUCUACAAGCUGGGCGAUUGAAUAGCAACAGUGUAUGGCGAGAUUUCAUCAAGGCUGUGAAUAGGAAGUUGGAGCGAAAAUAACUUAGCAGGCAUGGUUGAUAGCAGAGAAGAUGCCGCUGAAGAAAGAUUUGGUGAUGCAGAAGAGGACGCCAUGGCGUGCUUGGGGGCUUUCCCUACAAAAGUGAAGGUGGUGGAAGAUGCAGCUGAAGAGACGCUGCUGCUCUGGGCAUUUCGGAAUCCCGUCAGCAUCAAACAACAUGUGUAUGUCUCGCAGGGCUCCUUGGAGCUGCAGCUGGAUGCGUGUGGGCAAGUGCUCCACAUUAUGCAGGCGCCUUCAUCUGUGAACAUGCUUGGAGUGACAGGAGGAGUCAUGUGGGACAGCGGUGUGGUGCUUGCCAAGCUGCUGGAGCACGCCGUGGACACACAGGGCUUACAAUUGCGGGGCAAGAAAUGUGUAGAGAUAGGAGCUGGCUGUGGGCUUACGGGAUGUGUCACAGCACUCCUGGGCGCCACUGUAAUAAUGACAGACAUGAGUGACAGACUCCGAUUGCUUCAAAAGAACGUAGAUGAAAAUAGUUACUCCUUAUCGAAAUCUCAUGGAAGUGCUUGUGUUCGAGGUCUCCUGUGGGGAGACCAACCCGACCAAGAAAUUGUGGACCCUCUCCCAGAUUUUGUUUUGGCUUCAGAUGUAAUCUACAACGAGAAUGUUGUACCGCAACUGCUUCACACGUUGCGUUCAUUGACGGGUUCCGACACGACAGUGCUUCUUUCUGGCGAGCUUAGGAAUGAUGCGGUGCUAGAGUGUUUCUUCAGACUUGCUUUGGAAGACUUUACCAUAGGCAGAGUGCUUGAAGCAGACUUGCAUCCAGAUUACUGCAACCCCAGAGUCGCAGUGUACGUGCUUGUCAGAAAAACUGAAACCAGGUUGAUUGACGACAACCCGUGGACAAGGCGAGAUUCAUCAUGAUUUUAGGAGAGUCAAGAGCUCCAAAAUUACACCUUUUCUGGAGAAAUUUGCUGGAGAGGUGGCGUUUUGGCUCACCCCAAUUGGAAACCUUCGUGUUCAGGUUAGAUUGUAGUCUUGAGCACUCACGUUCCAGAACCUUUGGCGAUUGAAACACACUUUUAUGUUUUCGAUUUAAUAGCCUUGCAAAAUUCCUGGAAUACUUGCUUGUUGUUUAGGGUCUCUGUCUUGUCGAAGGAAAUCCCAUGGCCUCUUAAUCACAAUUAUAACUAUACAACCUUUGCUCAUAUUUAGGUUGUUGUAGAGAAAACUAUGGUCAAGGUUGACAAAGUUUGUUAUACAAUGGUGUAUUAGGUUGGUUUUCAGGGAGAGGGGGGAUUAUCAUUUGAUUUUGGAAUAGGGCCUUAGAUUUUGUUUUGGUACAUAGAAUCUUAAUGGUUUUCAUUUAGAGGGAAAACAAAGCUUAAAAGAAAUGUUUUCUCACAACUUUGAAUUACUACUAACACUAAUGGUUUAAAAUAACACCAAAGAAUUGUAAACUUUUGUUUUCAACAUUUUUAUACAUCCCAAUCUAUUUUAA